AUGCAAGCAAUUGAAAAGAUGCAAAAUAUGAAGGGUUGUGGAAAUGAUAACGGAAACUUAGACGAACCAGACAUGUUAUUCGAAGUCAGUCGCAACGAACAAAUUCUAUUGGCUUUUUCGGCUGUAAGUAACGGUCGAAAAAUUUUACACUGUGGACCCGCUCCAUCUGAAUCACUAACUUGUGUGCACGGACUUCGAUUUUUAAGUUUGGCUUGGGUUAUAAUGGUACACACGUACUUGCAAGUAUUUUCAAUCGCAGAAAACAAGAUGUUACGGACAUUAACCGAAAGGAACUUUAUGUUCCAAACAGUGAGCAACGCAACGUUUUCCGUGGAUACUUUCUUUUUUAUCAGUGGUCUAUUGGUUACGUAUUUGUAUUAUAAAACAACCAACAAAAAGACGACCAGAAGUAGCCGUAUCUCGAACACCGAAAUAUUUAUCAGAUUAACGCCAGCGUACAUGGUCGUCCUUUUAAUGGCGGAAGUGUCUAGCCGAUGGCUUCGAAACAAUUCCGUAUUUGAACCAGAGAACAACAACCAUAUUAGUUGCGCUGAUUAUUGGUGGAGAAAUAUGCUAUACAUAAACAGCUUGUAUCCCAGAAAUGAAAUGUGCAUGUUGUGGAGUUGGUAUAUGUCCAACGAUACGCAAUUCUAUGUUUUAGCAGUCAUACUACUUCUCGUUUCUGCCAGGCAUUUCAAAGGAGCCGUUAUUGGAUUGGUGGCGUUCUUAAUCGGAUCAUGGGUCGUCACAAUAUUCGUUGCAGUGCAUUACAAUUUUAGAGCAAGGAUAGAGGAACCAUUUGGACUAUUUGAUCAGCUUUAUGAUAAACCGUGGUCAAGACUUGGACCUUAUUUAUUCGGCAUGUUCGCUGGAUGGUUUUUGUUUGUUACUAAAUGCAAAGUGAAAAUGUCCUUCCUAACUGUCGUGCUGGGCUGGUCCAUGUCACUGUUCAGCCUGGCGUACCUAGUGUACGGGCUUCACGUGGUGCACUUAGACCUGGCUGGUUCCGCCCUGUAUGCAUCCGUCGGCCAUUCAGCCUGGGGCGCCGCACUCGCCUGGAUCGUGAUCGCCUGCUGUACCGGUCACGGGGGAUGUGUCAACUCGGCGCUGUCGUGCCGCCUGCUCCAACCCCUCAGCCGUCUCACGUACUGCGCCUACCUGGUCCACCCCAUCAUCAUGACCAUGACCAACUUCCAAAUGGACGGCCCUCUGCACCUCCACAAUCUGAUCACGAUGAUAUUGUACUUCGGUAAUGCAGUAGCGUCUUUCUUGUUGUCCUUCUUCAUUUCCCUUACAUUUGAAGCACCCGUGGUGAACCUGCUCAAAAUUAUGUUAUCACCACCGCAGGUGAAGAAAACCUCGAUGGAAAAAAACAGUUCCGAACUACAAGACUCGUAA